AUGGAAGGUGUCGCCAACGACCAUCUCGUUACUGAUAACGGCAAGUGGGUCUGGUGGGCAGCCAUCGAGGCCUACAAGAUUGUGUUUUACGCCGAGGGUGAUGAUCAAAACAAGGUCUCACAACUGGUACCUGUCAACUCAACGUCCAAGGGGAUGCAGACCCAGUUUGUCAUCAAUAAUCUAGCACCCAGGCGACGAUACGUCAUCAGUGUGGAGGCGCGCAACAACGUGGGGUAUGGGGCCAAGGCUGCAAUCGCUGCCAUGACUCUGGCCAUCCGGGAACCGAACCCUCCAACAGUUACCUCCCCUAGAUUUAGUGACUAUCCGAACAGCUACAAACUGGUUUGGGAGAAACCUGGGACUGGAGGCAUGCCCCUGACUCGAUACAUGGUCAGGUAUUAUCAGGUGGAACUAUCCGAGGGUCAGCCUGAGAAAGUGAAGGCGGCGGUUGGAGACAUGAAAACGCUGCUAAUUGACCAGAGCAAUGUGACUGAGAUUACAUUGACGGAAUUGAUGCCCAACUGCACUUAUGAACUGCAGAUCAGCGCUAUGAACCUAUCGGAGUGUCCAAGGCCACACAUAAAAUAUUCACCACACCACCUGGGGAUGUAA